AUGGCUUUGGGAUUAAACACAAUGCUGGAAAAAUCAGAGACUCUGUUGGGAUCAGAUCAUGCAUCAGUCGUCUCCAUGAACUUGUUCGUCGCUCUGCUUUGCGCUUGCAUCGUGCUCGGUCACUUACUCGGGAAGACUCGGUGGAUGAACGAGUCAAUCACCGCUCUUAUCAUUGGCUCAUGUACUGGCAUUGUGAUCUUGCUUAUAAGUGGAGGAAAGAGCUCGAGGAUUCUGGUGUUUAGCGAAGAUCUCUUCUUCAUUUAUCUUCUUCCACCUAUUAUAUUCAACGCUGGGUUUCAGGUUAAGAAGAAGCAUUUUUUCCGCAACUUCAUGACCAUUAUGUUAUUUGGUGCUAUUGGUACCCUCAUUUCAUUUGUUAUCAUCUCAUUAGGUGCUAUACACUUUCUCGAGAAAAUGAAUAUCGGAGAUCUCACCAUUUCAGAUUAUCUAGCCAUUGGAGCAAUAUUCUCUGCUACAGACUCUGUUUGCACCUUGCAGGUGCUUAAACAAGAAGAGACACCUCUCUUGUACAGUUUAGUAUUUGGAGAAGGUGUAGUGAACGAUGCAACAUCGGUCGUGCUCUUCAACGCGAUACAAAGAUUCGACCUCACACACAUCAAUUCCGCUAUUGCUUUGGAGUUUGCUGGGAACUUUUUUUAUCUCUUCAUCUUAAGCACAGCACUUGGUGUUGCAGCUGGAUUGCUCAGUGCUUUCGUUAUCAAGAAGCUCUAUUUCGAAAGUCACGCUACUAAUCGUGAAGUUGCACUUAUGAUGUUACUGGCUUACUUAUCAUAUAUGUUGGCAGAGCUAUUCCAUUUAAGCUCUAUCUUGACUGUCUUCUUCUGUGGGAUUGUAAUGUCUCACUACACAUGGCACAAUGUUACAGAUAAAUCAAAGAUCACUACAAGACACACUUUUGCAGCGUUAUCAUUUCUCGCUGAGAUCUUUAUCUUUCUUUACGUUGGAAUGGACGCUCUCGAUAUAGAAAAAUGGGACGUUGUACGCAACAGUCCUGGCCAGUCGAUAGGAGUGAGUUCGAUACUCCUUGGGCUUAUUCUUCUGGGUCGCGCAGCUUUCGUGUUCCCUCUUUCGUUCUUGUCGAAUUUGACAAAGUCUUCAACGGAUGAGAGAAUCGAUUGGAAGAAACAGGUAACCAUUUGGUGGGCUGGUCUGAUGCGUGGGGCAGUGUCAAUGGCUCUUGCUUAUAAUCAGUUCACGACUUCAGGACACACGAAGCUUCUUGGAAACGCUAUCAUGAUCACCAGCACCAUCAGUGUUGUUCUUUUCAGUACUGUGGUGUUUGGAUUGCUAACCAAACCGUUAGUGAAACACUUGCAGCCUCCAUCAAAAAGGUUAACGACACCGAUAUCUUCUUUCCACGAGCCGUUAAUUAGCAGCCAAGGCCAAUCAGAAUACAACAUUGAUGAUCAUCCGAUCAGCUUAGGAAUGUUCUGGAAUACACCAUCCCGAGCCAUUCAUCAUUAUUGGAGGACAUUCGAUGAUGCAGUUAUGCGUCGCAUAUUUGGCGGCCGAGGCGUUUCGGAAAGAGUUCCCGGUUCACCAAUUGACACUAGUGUUCGUCUGUGGAUUGAAGACGUAGAUAACAAGGAAAUACACAUUGAGCCUUAAUUAGUGACAUAGGUAAAAAGAUCUUUGACUUGUUACUCACGUUUUUGGCGACAACAUAUGGACCGGCUCUCUCCUUUUUUUGCAUUUAGGUUUGCUAUAUGGGAGC